AUGAGUCCUGAAUGUUAUGGCCCGAUCUGGGCCAUCGAUGACUUUUCGCGGUGUUUCCAGCGCAAUUAUUUACAGCUCAUCUUCCCUCUGACAGCAUGCGGUCUCUCCCUCCUCUUCAUUCUCCUCCGGGCAGCCUAUCGCCAGGUCGUGUCGCGGAACCCCCUCGCCUACAAACUACUGCCGAACGGCCGGGCCGAUGACGCCACUGCUGAGCCCGAUCGGAUGUUAUACAAGGCUACCCAGACGGAACAGCCCUGCUUCGAACUCGACCGUCCGCGAGGGGAACGCACCUGGGUUACGGUGGAAUUGGCGGCUCUGGCGGGACUCGUCGCCUUGCACAUCGCUGUCCUCGCUACCCAUGGCUGGGGUCGUCACGGUACCCUGCCCGCCGUCGCUGGUCUGGUCUCCUGGGGUUAUGUUUUCUUCUUGGUCUUGAUCCGAUGGGCCCUGUCCAUGUUCCAUCUGCGCUCUUUUCCGGGACUCUGGAAUCAUACCGCCCUCCUCUACGGUGUCCAAUGGCUGUUGUCCAUCCUCGUCUUCCGCUCCGCCCUCAUUCACCCCUUGUCCACCCCUGCCCGCAACUACAGCAUCGUCGAGUUCUCCCUGUGCACCCUGUUGCUGCUCAUCGCGCUCACCACCCGUCGGGGCAACAGGGCCGUCCUCGUGCAACAGGAGGAUGGGUUGGAGCCCGCCCGCUACGCCACCGCCAGCCUGCUCUCCCUCGCCAGCUUCUCCUGGCUCGACGCCCUGAUCUGGAAAGGCUACAAGAAACCCCUCGAGCUGGAGGAUGUGUGGAAUCUGGUCCCGUCAGAGCAUGCCGGCGUCGCUGUCGAAGCCUUUCGCCAACAGCAGAUGAAGGGCCCGCUCGUCUGGAAGCUGCUCAGAUACUUCUCCGGCACCCUGCUGCACCAAGGCAUCUGGACCAUCUUCUCCAACCUCUUCACCUUCCUCCCCACCCUGCUUCUCAAGGCCAUCCUCGAGUAUGUCGAGGACCCUCGAUCCACCACCCCCAAUGCCGCAUGGCUGUACGCCAUCCUCCUGUUCGCGGCAGGCGCCGUGCAAGGUCUAGCGGAUGGCCAGGCCCUCUGGAUUGGCCGUCGACUGGGUGUCAAGCUUCGAGCCAUUAUCAUCGGCGAAAUCUACGCCAAGGCCCUCCGUCGCAAGGCAGGCGCCUUUGUGGAUCCCUCCAAGAAAGAACAGGAGGAGCAGAAGGCCACCGACGAGGAGCCGCAGAAGCUGAAGCAGAAGAUUCUUUCCUUUGGCCGCAAGAAGAAACCCUCCUCGGGGGAGACGGACCCCGCCGAUCAUCAUAACAACAACGAUAAUAAUCGCAACGACAUGAAUAAUAAUAAUAAUAAUAAUGAUAAUAAUACCAAGGAUGAAUCGGAAGCCGAGGCUGCUCAAGCCAACGUCGGCACCAUCAUCAACCUGAUGGCCAUUGAUUCAUUCAAGGUUAGUGAAGUCGGGGCCUAUCUGCACUUCCUGUGGGCCAGUGUGCCGGUGCAGAUCAUCAUGGCGGUGACCCUUCUCUAUCGCAUCCUGGGAUUCAGCUCCUUCGCCGGCAUCGGCCUGAUGGUCCUGAUGCUCCCCGUCAACAUCUCCAUCGCACGCAAGUUCCGCACCGUGCAGAACGAGAUUCUCAAGGGCACCGACGCCCGUAUCCACGCCACCGAUGAAGUGCUUCAGAACAUCCGCAUCAUCAAGUACUUCGCCUGGGAACAGCGAUUCCAGGACAUCGUCAACGACAAGCGCCGGGCGGAGCUGCGGUCGCUGCGUGUCCGCUACAUCGUCUGGUCCAUUGCGGCAACCUUGUGGUACGGCCUGCCGAUCCUCAUCACCUUCACCUCCUUCUUCCUCUAUACCGUCGUCGAGAAGAAGCGUCUGACCCCGUCCAUCGCCUUCCCGGCGCUGUCGAUGUUCUCCCUGUUGCGUGUGCCCCUGGACCAGCUGGCCGACAUGAUGGCUCACGUCCAGGAAUCCAAGGUCUCCCUCGACCGUGUCGACAAGUAUCUCAAUGAAGAGGAGACGGACAAGUACAAUCAGCUGCGCGACAGCAACGUGACCGGAGAAGCCCCCAAGAUCGCCUUGGAACAAGCCACCCUCACAUGGGGGGCCUCCAAGUCGCCCUACCGCGACGAUCCCACGGCCAGCGACGCUACCGCCGACGCCUUCCGUCUCAUCAACGUUGAUGUCAACUUCCGUAUCGGCCGACUCAACAUCGUGGCGGGUCCCACGGGAUCCGGCAAGACCUCCCUCCUCAUGGCCCUGCUGGGCGAGAUGCGCCUGCUCAGUGGACAGGUCCACCUCCCCGGUGGUCUGGGCGACCGCACCGAGCUGCCAGUGGAUCCGGAGACCGGCUUGAUGGAGAGUGUGGCCUAUUGUGCACAGGAGGCUUGGCUCGUCAACGCGACGGUCAAGGAAAACAUCGUCUUUGCCUCCCGCUUCGACCAGCGCCGCUACGACGCCGUCAUCCAGGCCUGCGCGUUGGAGCGCGAUCUCGCCAUCCUCGACGCCGGUGACCAGACCCUGGUGGGCGAAAAGGGCAUCUCGUUGUCCGGUGGACAGAAGCAACGCAUCUCCCUCGCCCGUGCCAUGUACAGCCAGGCUCGUCACCUCCUGCUGGACGAUUGCCUGAGUGCCGUCGACUCGCACACCGCCAAGCACAUCUUUCAGGAGGCCCUGUCUGGUCCCCUCAUGAUGAACCGCACCUGUAUCCUCGUCACCCACAACGUGGCCCUGGCCGUCCCGGACGCCCAUUACGUCGUGGUCCUCGACAAUGGCAAGAUUGUCGCACAGGGCGCGCCAGACGAGGUGAUCCGAUCCGGCGCCUUGGGCGAGGAGUUGGCCAAAUCCCACCCCGUCUCGCGUGCCGGCUCGCAGAACCUUUCCCGUACACAGUCCGACCUGGAAGACCAUCAAGGCGAAUACAGUGCAGACGAAGCGAACACUGCCGCCAACCCGACUGCUGCUGCUGCUGCUGCGAAGAAGAACAAGAAUAAGGCUAAAGAUGGCAAAGACAAAACCAACACACUCACCGAGUCCAAGGCGGUUGGCAGCGUCAAAUGGACCACCAUCAUCAUGUACCUGCGCGCAAUGGGUCCCUGGUACUAUUGGGUUUUCGCCGUGUUGGCUUUCUCCCUACAGCAAUUGGGUUCGGUCUCGACCAACGUCUGGAUCCGACAGUGGGCGAACGCGUACAGCACCCAGCAGGUGGGCGUGGAUCAUGAUGUUGGCAGCAUGGCUACCAUGGCGCAUCUCAAAUCUCCUUCCUUCAACGUCGGAAGGAUCCCCCGUAUGGCCACCUGGAGUGCCCUCCAACUCAAUGCGCCUGCCACCAUGGCUAGCACCGGCGAUGUCCCGGCAGACGACAAUGACGAGGUUCGCGUGUCCUACUACCUCGGCGUCUACGCUCUGUUGGGAAUCCUCUAUGUCAUGGUUUCGUUGUGCCGUGAGGCGGUCCUGUUCUGGGGAUCACUGCACGCAUCGUGGAAGAUCCAUGAACGGUUGCUCAAGGCGGUCAUGCAGGCCAAAUUCAAAUUCUUCGACUCCACCCCACUCGGACAGUUGAUGAACCGGUUCUCCAAGGACGUCGAGGCGGUCGAUCAGGAAAUCGCCCCCGUGACCAUCGGGAUGAUGCACAGUCUCGCCUCGGUCAUCAUGAUCGUGGUACUCAUCUCCGUGAUCACCCCGGGCUUCCUGGUGGCCGGUGUCUUCAUCACCAUGGUCUACACUGCCCUCGGGAUCGUCUAUCUCAGCUCGUCGCGGGAUCUGAAACGUCUCGAGUCCGUCCAGCGCAGCCCUCUGUACCAGCAGUUUGGCGAGACCUUGAACGGCAUCGUGACCAUCCGUGCCUAUGGUGACGGACCCCGGUUUAUCGUGGACAACCACCGCCGCAUCAACUCAUACAACCGGCCGCACAUGUAUCUCUGGGCGAGUCAUCGGUGGCUGGCGUUCCGGGUCGACAUCACGGGCGCCAUGGUUUCCUUCUUCUCCGCGGCUUUCAUCUUGCUGAACAUCGGCAGCAUCGACGCCGGGGCCGCCGGUCUCGCUCUCACCUACGCCGUCACCUUCACGGAGAACGUCCUGUGGCUGGUGCGCCUGUACGCCGAGGUCCAGCAGAGCAUGAACUCGGUGGAGCGGGUCAACGAAUACCUUGAAGUGGAGCAGGAAGCCGCCGCCAUCAUCCCGGAGUCGAGACCGCCCCCGCAGUGGCCGACACAGGGCGCCGUCCAGUUCGUCAACUAUACCACCCGGUACCGAUCGGACCUGGACCCCGUGCUCAAGGGGGUCUCGUUUGCCGUGCAGCCGGGCGAGAAGGUCGGCAUCGUCGGCCGCACGGGUGCAGGCAAGAGUUCGUUGGCGCUGGCCCUGUUCCGCGGCCUCGAGGCGGAGCAAGGCCAGAUCCUCAUCGACGGAGUGGACAUUGGCCGUAUUGGCCUGCGCGAUCUCCGUGAGUCCAUCACAAUCGUCCCGCAGGAUCCCACGCUCUUCACCGGCACCAUCCGCAGCAACCUUGACCCCUUCGACGUGUUCACCGAUGAGCAGAUCUUCACGGCCCUCCGCCGGGUCCAUCUGAUCGGCUCCGAGCUUUCGGGCACAACCACCCCCGUCACAGACAGCAACCUGUCUGCCGCGGAGACUGCGGCAGCCUCUUCUUCUUCUUCUUCUUCUCCCUCCUCCUCGCCGGACGCAGUCGCCGCCACGGAGGGUAGCGCGGCCGUUCCCGUCGUCAUCGCCGAGAACAAGAACAUCUUCAAGAACCUGGAGAGCCCCGUCUCCGAGUCCGGGUCGAACCUGUCGCAGGGCCAGCGGCAAUUACUCUGCCUUGCGCGGGCCCUGCUCAAGAACCCGCGCGUCCUGAUGAUGGACGAGGCGACCGCGUCGAUCGACUACGCCACCGACGCCAAGAUCCAGGAGACCCUUCGCGAACUCAAGUCCAACACCAUCAUCACCAUUGCCCACCGCUUACAAACCAUCAUCGACUACGACAAGGUCCUCGUCCUCGAUCACGGCCGCGUCGUCGAAUUCGAUCACCCCUGGGCCCUGAUCCGUAAGGACGACGGCGUCUUCCAGAGCAUGUGCGAGAAUAGUGGCCAUAUGGACGUUCUUUUCGAUGGUGCAAGGAAGGCCUGGGAGCAGAACAGGCUGGUGGAUGAUGACUCGUGA